AAUCAGCAACGCCGAUAAUAUGAUUUUCGUUCUUGUUGUGCAUGCAUUAACACAAGUCAAUAGAAGUUCAAAUUCUUGUUUAAAGCCAAGCCAAAUCACCAUCCAACAGUUCUGAAACGACGUCGUUGUGCGCUCCAUAAAUCUCCCUGAUCAGUCUCCCGAGUUCAGAUCGGCGCGUUUAAGGAAAAACGAAAAAGGCAGAGCAGAAACCAAACCACCAUGAGGCGCCGCAACCCAAACCUCAGCCUCGCUAUAACCACCGCCGUGUCGGCCACGCGCCGCCACUACGCCACGAAAUACACCGCCAAAAUAACCUCAACCUCCCCGACCGGUCGUUCCCUCUCGGCGGAGGUCACGCCGCCGCCACCCCUCCCUUCCGACGUCCGAGGUUACCCUCUGCCCCGCCGCGACCUCGUCUGCAAGGCCACUCGCAUCCUCCUCCGCCAGUCGCCGUCGGCGUCGUCGGACCCCUUCUCCGACCUCGCCGACUUCCUCAGCUCCCUCUCCAUCUCCCUCACCCCAGCCGAGGCCUCCGAGAUCCUCAAAUCCCUAAACCACCCUCGCCUCGCCCUGCGGUUCUUCCACUUUUGCCCCUCAAUUUCCCCCAAUUUCCGCCAUGACUCCUUCACCUACACCCGCCUCCUCCUCAUCCUCUCCAAUUCGGUCUCCACCGACCGCCUCGACCUCGUCCGUUCCGUCCUCUCCGACAUGGACCGGUCCGGCGUGCGCGGCACGAUCUCCACCGUUAAUAUCUUGAUCGGAUUGUUCGGCCAUUGCGAGGAUCUCGAGAUGUGCCUAGGUCUGGUCAAGAAAUGGAAUCUCACGAUGACAUCUUACACUUACAAGUGCUUGCUUCAGGCCUAUCUCCGCUCGUACGAUUCUUCUAGAGCCUUCGAGACGUAUCGUGAAAUGCGACGGCGAGGCUCUAAACUGGACAUUUUUGCUUACAACAUGCUCUUGGAUGCCUUGGCCAAGGAUGAAAAGGUUGACCAAGCUUACAAAAUUUUCGAAGAUAUGAGAAGGAAGCACUGUAGGCCUGAUGAGUUUACGUACACGAUUAUGAUCAGAAUGACUGGAAAAUCUGGUAAGGCUGACGAAUCGUUGGCUUAUUUUCAGGAAAUGAUAACAAUGGGCUAUACUCCGAAUUUGAUUGCUUAUAAUACUAUGAUUGAGGCUGUUGCUAGGAACAAGAUGGUUGAUAAGGCCAUCUUUGUUUUCUCAAAAAUGGUGGAGAACAAUUGUAGGCCUAAUGACUUUACAUAUAGUGUGAUUUUGAAUGCUCUGGUUGUUGAAGGGAAGCUUGGUAGAUUAGAUGAGGUCGUGGAAUUGUCAAAGAAGUACAUGACUAGGUCGAUAUAUGCUUAUCUUGUUAGGACAUUGAGCAAAUUAGGCCAUGCUAGUGAAGCUCAUAGACUUUUUUGCAACAUGUGGAGCUUCCAUGAGAAGGGUGAUAGAGAAGCAUUCGUGUCCAUGUUGGAGAGUUUGUGCAGCGCAGGUAAAACGGCAGAGGCCAUGGACCUGCUGAAUAAGAUUCAUGAGAAAGGAAUCACUCCUGAUACUAUCAUGUAUAACAUGGUAUUCUCAGCUCUUGGCAGGUUGAAGCAAAUAUCCCAUCUCCAUGAGCUUUAUGAAGAGAUGAAAAAAGAUGGCCCUGCACCGGACAUAAUCACCUACAAUAUCCUAAUUGCCAGCUUUGGUAGAGCUGGAAAAGUCGACGAGGCUGUUAAUUUGUUUGAAGAACUUGAGAACAGCGAUUGCAGACCUGAUAUUGUCUCUUACAAUUCCUUGAUCAAUUGCCUUGGGAAAAAUGGCAAUGUAGAUGAAGCACACAUGAGAUUUAAGGAGAUGCAGGAAAAAGGAUUUUGUCCUGAUGUUGUUACGUAUAGCACUCUCAUUGAGUGCUUUGGUAAGACUAAUAAAGUCGAGAUGGCCUGCAGGCUGUUCGAUGAGAUGCUCGCUGAUGGCUGCAGUCCCAACAUUGUGACAUACAACAUCUUACUCGACUGUCUUGAGAGGUGUGGGAGAACUGCUGAGGCAGUUGAUUUGUAUGCUAAACUCAAGCAGCAGGGACUUACUCCAGACUCGAUUACGUAUGCAGUUCUUGAGAGGUUGCAGAGUGGUUCACAUGGGAAAACCAGAGUUCGCAGGCAGAGUCCAAUUACAGGUUGGGUUGUCAGCCCUUUAAGGUGAUGAUUAAAAUUGGAUAAUGGCUUGAUGGAUUGCCAAGAAAAUCUUGUCCAGUUCUGUAUUUAUUCUUCAUGUGGCGGCUAUUUUUAAAUUGCCGCCAGUCAUGCAUUUGUCGCUGGGAACCUUCCGUGGUGACGGAACUGAUGAAAUCAAGAUUGGGGGAAGAUAAACUGCUGUGUAUGAAAUUUUUUGAAUUGAGUCCUGUUAGUUCCUAAUUAAAUUUCUUAGGAUGUGGUCCGUUUAGAUAACAUGAAGGCUGUUACUUUGAUCUCAUUUCUUUUUCUUUAAUGUGUUGGUCAUUUUUAGACACAAUAACCUUAUGAACCGCAGCACGUGCUCCGUUAACUUUAAAACAGA